GACACGUAUUUGAUUUUCUUAACUCUUGCCAAAACCAUUAUGAUGUAUCAAAUUUUAAAUGUUGCCGCCUUUUUUACCUCGAAACUGUGGCUCUCUAUUUCCGGAGGUAAAAAAAUGUCAUUGUAUACAUUGGACAUGGAUAGACAUCGAUAAAUACGAUAAAUGAGUAUGUGUCCAGUAUGCAAUGCUGUUCCAGUGAGGUCCGUGAUAUCGACAUUGAACUGUAUGUAUUAGUCACGCUGUUGUAUACAUUACGAACUCAAUCGAUUGGACUGUUUACAUAUUUUAUGUUUACAUGCGAGUCUGCAUUGACAGCGAAGAACAGACACUGUGUCGUCUUGUUCCAGCUGUCAAUUGAAGCAAUAUGAUUCAGACAAUACAAACGUCAGUGUAAUUGACAAGAAGAUGACCUUCUUAGCUUGUGACACAAGGUCACGGGAUAUGAAUCAGCAGCGUCCCUUGCUAGCUAACUUGCAUGUGUGCACGCGUAGUAUGCAUGUGUGUACCGGGAGGGAAUCUCCCGUCUAUAAAUAGACCUCUCUAUACUAUACAUGUAAACACUUUAUGGAAGUGUGGCCGUCUCGAUGGAUAGAAACGAAGACAACGACCGCACACCGCUUAUACGAAAUAGGCCCGGGGGGACGGGGGAAAACGAGGACAACCCCGGGACGGCCGUGUUCCACCGACGAUGGUAUAUAUUGGGUGUGUUUUGCGGGGUAUGUUUGUGUCAAGCCCUGAUUUGGAACACUUGGGGGCCAAUUACCCAGUCGUCCAAAGUAGUCUUCCAAUGGGAGGACAGUACCAUAGCGAUGCUGGCGAACUGGGCAAACAUCGCUUACCUGUUUGCCUGUUUCCCGAUAUGUUACCUCACAACAGCUAAAGGUUUACGGAAGUCACUUAUAGGCUGUGGUGUACUGAUGUUUCUGGGUACCGGUCUCCGCUGUAUAACCAGUAACUCUGACUACACGCUCUGGACAAUGAACGCAUGCGCAGUCCUGAACGGCAUUGCCGGUACUGUGCCGUUUGCAGGUCCACCUCUUCUAGCCGCUUUGUGGUUCCCGCCAGAUCAGAGAGCCACUGCCACCGCAACAUCGAGUGUCUUCAACUACGCCGGAGUGGCAGUCGCCUUCAUCAUAGGGCCACAGCUGGUUUCAUCACCCCAAUACAGACACGAAAUCACUAACAGAACUGAAUUCAGCCUGACACCAACAACAGACGCCACUCUCAAUCGGACAAUUCUGACUAACUUUGAUACGCUGGAGAACGAGAUUAUGCGGUUGAUGUAUAUUGAGUGUGGAUUUGCGGCUCUGCUGUUACUUCUGGUAUUAAUCUAUUUCCCUGACAAGCCACCCCUUCCACCGAGUACCACCGCCUCCAUGGAACGGGUGGAAUAUAAGAAAGCUCUAUUGAAGAUGAGCAAGAACGGUAACCUGUGGCUGAUCGCUAUGGCGUACGCUGUACCUGCCGGGGUAUACGGUGUCUACGGGUCUGUGUUUGAUGUCAUUCUGAACCCAGUUGGAGUCGCGCAGUCUGAAGCUGGAUGGAUAGGGUUUUAUUCCUCCAUGGCAGGAUGUGUAUCCGGUCUCGUUAUAGCACGAUUUGCAGACAUCUUUAUGAAGCAGAUGAAAGUGUUCCUGAUCGGCCUCUUUAUACUGGGUGGUGGCUCAUUUGUAUGGCUUACACUACUAUGUAACCAAACUAUCGCAUUUAGUACCGUCCAACUGUAUGCGUCGAGCAUCAUGGGCGGGAUGUUUCUCAAUGGAACCAUUCCACUAUUCUACGAGUUAGCGUGUGAAGCGUCCUACCCAGUGUCCGAAGGACUGGCCGGAGGAUUCAUGACCUGGCUCAAUAACUUGUUCGGCAUUAUGUUUCUCAUGGCGUUGCUUAUUCCUGGAAUAGGUACGGCGUGGAUGAACUACUGCCUGGUCGGAAGUGUAGGUCUUGGUCUUAUAGUGUUGUUCGUGUUCCCCGAGAAAUAUACACGGACAGACAUUGAUAUUACUGUCACUGCGGACGGAACAAUGGAUGUCCAAACGUCCGUUCAUCAAGUCGUCACUUCAUACACUUGAGGUUAAAUUCUUUCAAACCAGGCUUUGCUAAGUUGGUCAUUCAUUUCGAAAUCUCCACAAAUGCAAAAUUGAAAAGAUGUGCAACAAUUUUAUGUUGCGGUUUUAAAGGUAGAUCAUCUGAAUUUUGUUUAAAGUUAUUUUUGGGGUGUUAAGCUAUACGGUAUUUGAAUACUUUCAAUCCUGAAAUGUUUUUGCACAUAUUUUUGAUCGGGGAAAUUUUAAUAAAUAAGGGAACCAAAUCACAACCCGACACUGGGAACCAUAUUAAUAAUCCAAUUUGAUCUGUUAUAGGUAUUUAUAUUGAUCAUUGAUAUACACAAGUGUUAAAUACAGAGGCUAUCAAUGGUGUAACCAGCAAAUCAUUCUUUUUUGGUUUGUACUAUUAUAUCAUUAUAUUUUAAUUGAAUUAUACAAUGAUAGCUUGAUGGUCUUUCAUGUUUAUUUGAAAUUUUUUUUUUUUCUAUAUUAAGUUUGAUUAUUCUUCAGAUAAAAACGUCUAUUGCCAUAUUGGUUCUUUGAUGCUGACAGUUCAAGUUAAAAAAUGAUGUUUUGUUUCUGCGAUCUUCUUCAUGGCCACUCAUAAUGAAUAUACAUGUAGAUACACGGUAUAUCUGAUGUGAUUAAACGGGACAUUACCGUGACAGGAGUUCAGCAUUGGGGAAGAUGGCUGAAAUAUUUAAUAAAAAUGUGAGCUUAAUAGAACUUUGUUAUCGGAACGUUUAUAGCGUUACACAUAAAAGUUACGGAACACCAAAGAAUAUGUUUGUUAUCAAAACCUCUACGAUGUUAUCAGGUUGUUUUUCCCGUAUCGUUAUGUGUGUAUCCGCUUUGAAAUGAUUUUAAGGCCGUUAGCAUUAUAAAUCGUACAGGGUACUUGACGUUACUAGGACAGUUCGCUGUGAUAAUCUUUUUGUACGUUUUGUUUGUAGUAUUUUGUAAUAUUGUAAAAUAAAUGUCUUGAUAUUCUAGCCAAAUACUCCCGACAUACAUGAAAGAAAGUACAAUGCUGUUUACAUUAUGUUAAAUUUAACUGUUUUCAAAUAUCUAAGGUAUUAUUAUAAAUGUUGUGUUUCAGUCUUCUUGUUCAAGGUGACGUCUUUUUUACAUUGGAAUUUCUACUGUUUUGUUCCGUUGUGAAAUUUGUAUUGUUAUAACUAAACAUUGGAGUAACUGAUGCAAGUAUGAACUGAAUCUGUAUGAACAAGUAAUAUUACAUUUUUACUCUUAUUCACUUUUCUCCCUUUUUUGUGCAUUAUAGGGCCGCGGUGGCCGAGUGGUUAAGGUGUCCCGACAAUUUAACACUAACCCUCCAUCUCUGGGUUGCGAGUCCGAAACCUACGUGGGGCAGUUG